CAUAUUCUCUUGCGCGCAAUUGCUCAUUUGGCUAUCUCCUCAUGGAGAAACCUUUCAACUGAGGCCAUUAAUACUCCAUGAUCAUAAUCAACGACCACUCAUCGCGGCUGAUCACAUGCAGGCAUCUUCCCAUCGUUUACUGAUCCCCCCUGGCAGCGAUGUUGCCAUUGAUGCAAGCUAAUAGUUAUUCCCAGUUUCCCGCUUAACCCGGCAUUUCUCCACUGGCACUUAAAUGCGCACAUGUGACAUGCUUGACAGUGUUGUAUUCCCUUAUAUUUCUCGCCUUGGGUUUCAAGCUGGUCUUGAACCGUUACGAUGUUGCGCUCAAUUUUCCUCGCUGUCCCUGCUCUUGUAUCACUUACUUCGGCAACCCCUUUGAUUUAUGAUGGCCGCGCUCCCUUCAACUAUACUGCUGCAGACCUGAACGGUAAUGUGGACCCCUACUUGUCAGCAGUGAAAGGCAGCAUGAACGCCUCAUAUUAUACCCAACUCCUUGGACACGCGCUCAACGCCACCCCACUGUGGUCGCCCAAUCUAUGGUCUCCUAUAGAACAGCCGAUGACGAUUUCAAUCGAUAACACUUCUAUCUUCACCCCCGGAAGUAGCACGCCUCAAAACGGUUUCCGCCGGACGGAGCUCAUCGCGCAAACGAAUGGGAACCACACCGCCUUGAAUGCCAUCGCUGAUGCAGGAACCACCGUGUUCCAUGUAUCCAUUCAGGAAGACCUGGCGAAACCUUUGAAUCUGAGCCACGAGUACCAGAUCGUCUGGAUCGAGCCUAAUGACGGAACGCACGUCUUUGAGAUCCAGCUCGGUUCACCAUUUACCAUCCCAACAGGCACCGUACCUGUCUCUGACGCUCGAUACCUGAAAGUCCGCAACCACGCGCUUGACCUUAUGUUUGAGACGCCGUUUACCUCCCACGACUGGCAUAACUUCGCCGUCCAGAUUGACUGGACGAAUCGCACACUCGGCGUCUUCUAUUCUACGAAUGGAAAGGAGCUGAAGGCUGUCACUGGCCUCGUGGAUAAUUUGAGCGCUUCACUAGGUGCAGCUGGCCAAGGCGAUUAUCAUUUCGGUGUACUCAAGCUCCCGCUCGCGAAUGCCAACGAGACAGCUGCACAGCAGGGCGAUGUGGUGCAUUUUGGUAUCCAGGAGGGUGAUGCUGAGGCGCUGACGUAUUCGGGUGUCUUCAUUGAGAGUAUCACUGGAGGCGUCAGUGCGAAACAUGGGAAGACAGUUGCUCCUAUCUCUUGAGAGGAAGCUUGUUGAGAUUGCUGGGAGGCAUGUUUCGUGGCAAAGCAGGGGAGAGAUGUCGAGCUUUUAUCAUCGUGAUCGCAGCGGGCACCGUUUGACAAGCUAUUUGUUCCCUCGUUGGCAUGCUGUCUGCUCUCGCGAUCGGACGGUAGCAGUCAACUCAUCCUUGCUAUCAUUGUCAUUACUGUACCUACGUUUCAAAUCAGUUUUGACCGUAUAACAUUGAGUAGCAAAACACAAAGAC